GCUAUGAACAUCUCUUCGCUUGGCUUUCGAAGUUCUCUUAUUUCGAUUUAAAUAUCACCUGAGACGCACAUCAAGGGAAAAGUUGUUUUUUUCAUUUUUUGUUCCUUCUUCUUUGUUGCUUCAGUCUCUCCUAUCCUGUUCUUAUAUGAUGAAUGUGAGCUCCAUGGCAGUGGUGGAGAUGCUGAAGUUAGGAGUGAUUUAGCAUGUUUUUUGACAUUUUUUUAGUUUUUUUUGUAUUGAUCUAUAGUGGACAUUAAUGUUUUUGCCUGGCAAUAUCUCAAUAUUUAUUUUAUUUUAUUUUAUUUUAUUUAAAUAGUUUGCGUGGUAUGAGUAGUUGUAUUGAGAUGAAAUUGACGAUGAAAUCAGCUGCUGAAAUAACCAUAAAUAAUGGAAGGAAUAUAAAGAAAGCAUAUAUGUGAAAUGAAUUAGUAAAGUUUCUAAAGGACUGCUUUUGGCCUUUGGAGAUUGGCUCUCUCAGUAUGAAGGUUGAUCAGUGGCAAAUCUUUAGGGUGAAACCUUGCUAGAUAGAAGAAGUGAGAAUUCAAGUAACAAAUGUUGGAUUCGAAGCAAAAGCGCUAUCUUUAUUGAACUCUGAAGGAUUUUUUUGCACUUGGUUAGUUAAAACGAGAGAGUAAAAGAAUAAUUAGAAGUGGGUGUUGGCCCAUGUAUAUGCGCACCUUGAUUAAGAUUUAAAAAUCAUGAAAUAAUUCUUAAUGGAUAAUUUAUUUAGAGAGUAAAUUAGAUAUUUACCAAACUUUUGAUGGCUCCUUGAUGUUGGAAUUGUUUUACCCUUCGCUUAUCAUUCUACUUGGAUCCUUUUUUCUUGAUUGGUCUCAUCAUUCAUUCUUUUUUUCUUAAUUUGGCCUCACUACCUUGGCUUCUAGUUCCUAUUGGCCUCACUACCAGAGCAAGAGAUUACUUGAUUCUUCAAUUGAUGAAUAAAAGAAAAAAGCUUGAUAUAAUGAGUUGUUUAUAGUUUUCUAAUUAUAACAUAAAAGAUAAGAUAAUUUAUAAUAUUCAGUCCCUAAUCAUAUAACUAGAUAAAUUAAUAGAUAAGGCAUCUAAUUAUCUUAAUAGCUUUUAUAAUUAAUUAAAAAAGAAAUAAAAUUUUAAUUGGUUAUGGCAAAUAUGAUUUUGGCUUCGUUUGGGAUAGCUUCCUUACUGCUUUCUAAAACAACUUUCCAGCACAUAAAUUCGAGUUCAAGAAAUUUUUGUACUAAUAAACCGUUUUAAAAAGCUGAAAGAAAGCUAUCUUAAACGAAGUCUUAAUCCUCAUCCUAUCAUGACUAAGACGUCCAAGCAUUAUUUCCAUGUAGUAUUUUGUGGAGAGCUCCUUCAUGAUCUCGAUUAGGUUUUAAAUGAUUUGAUUUGGCCUCUUCUCUUCAUCUUUUAGCUCAUGGUAGCUCAUGAGCUUGAAUGGCCUGAUCUUUUUUGACCUUAACAUCCUCUUUAAAGGAUGAUUGCACUGCAUAUAUGAAUCCAUGAUAACUAUAAAUUCUCGCUCCUAAAUGGCAAUUGUUUGCUCAACUGUUUCAAUUAUAUUUCUUGUAACCUUUUCAUCUUCUCUUCAUGUAUUGACAGCUCAAACUCUGUAGCUUCAAUUCUUUUCAUGUUUUGCCUAUCCUUUGAGGCACUAGUAUGGUCAUCUUGGGCAGUCAUUAUGUAAUGCCUCUGGAAUCAAUUUUCAAACACAUUUUAGACCAAAAUAUUAAGCUCAGAAAUGAGUAUCAAGUACUUGAUAUUUCCAAUACAACAUAUUGUACUUAUAGUUGGUUCUAACAUGUUUUCCUCUCUCAGGGUGGUACCCCAUUCAAGGUGGUUUGUCCUAAACCAUGGCUGAAGCUGAGGUUAUUUCUUUAAAAGAAGCCCUUUACAAGCAAGCUCAAUCAAUACAAGAACUUUCUGCUGAACUUGAGGAGGAAAGAAAAGCUGCAGCAUCCGGGGUUGAUGAGGCUCUUUCGAUGAUCUUUCGCCUUCAAGAAGAAAGGGCUAUGGAGAAGAUGGAAGCUAGUCAGUACAAAAGAAUGGCAGAGGCAAAGAUGAUCCAUGCCGAGGAAUCAUUAGCAUUUCUCAAAGAAACUAUACUUGAAAAAGAGAUUGAGAUUGCAGCUCUCAAGUUUCAAGUGCAGUCCUAUAGGCAAAAUAUAAUAAGAGUUGGCAUAAGUAAUGCUGAUUAUGUCAAGGAGGCCAACAUGUUUGAGAGUGUAAAUAAUACCUUUUUGAAGGUGACAGGAUCUAAUGAUAGAUUUAGAAGGCAUAUAUCUAUGCCUUCCGGUUGGCUUGAUAGUUCGAAUUUCGGUUUCGAUAUCAUUGAUAAGAAUGAACCUUUAAUUCCUUCUGUACCUUCAAUAUGGAGUGAGACUGGUGAGUGCUCAAAACAGCUCAGUGAACAAAGGACCGAAUUCUUUCCUAACAAAUCCAUUAUUGAAGAAGUUGCUUCCAAUUCAGAAUUACAAGAAGUAAAAGAAGAUCUCAAAAGCAUACAGAUAAAUUCAAAAUGCAGCUAUUGUUCAAGUUUGCCAUCUCAAAAGCACAGAUUAGAGCUUGAUUCAUUCAGCUUCUCAUAUCUGGAGAAAGAUUCAACUGGAGAGACAAGUCACUCGACGAAUAUACAGGACAUCUAUGAAAUUCCAAAUAGUACCACCAAUGAGUCUUGCAAGUCUGGUUCAUGUAAAACUUCUAUUGGAGCUGUGCAGAAUGUUCUUAUAGAAUCAUUAGGUGAUGAUUUAACUAACAGGACACCAAUGAAAUAUCCAACCAUAGGGAAAGGAGUUUUCAUGAAUUCUCUUCAGAGUAGUGAGAUUACUGGAUGUCAUAGUGAUGUUGAGGAGCUAAAACAAAGGGUGCAGAAGCUUGAGAAUGAUCAAUGGGUUAUGAAGGAAGAAGAAUCAAAGAGAAACAAUGAGCAAUUAAACUUACUGAAGCAGAUGCGCGAGCAGCUGAACAUAUUACAGUCUCAAACGAAAGUACCAAAACGUAAGAAGCUUUCUAGACAAGAUGAGAUUUUGUUAGUAUCUAUUACAGAGGCAAUCCUAUCCUUUGCAAUAUAGUUUAGUACAGAUGAUAGUCUCAAAAAACACUUACUGCUUUCCUGACUGAUGAUUAUGAGUUGAUACAUACUUAAAGUUCUCUAAAUACAGUGUCAUAUAUUGUACAGUUCCGUUUUUGUCAGGUAUUGUAAAUUAGAGCCUAUGAUGUUUGGGGGUGUGAAGGAAUGUAUUGUUCUUUGUUUUUUGUUUUGCAAGGUUAUAAAUUGAGUAAACUGUUUGAUUCUCUUCUAA